AUGUCUUCAUUCACCGGACAACCCAGCAAUGGCGGUAUCCCGGAGGGUGCCCCUUCCCUCAACGGCUCUUCCCUUGAGGGUAACUUCCCUCCCCCGCCCGCUAUGGCUGGUGGUGGUGAAGCUGCCAAGACCCUUUGGAUGGGCGAACUUGAGCCCUGGAUGGACGAGAAUUUCAUCAAGAAUGUCUUCUCUACCGUCGCCGGGGAGACUGUAAAUGUGAAGGUCAUCAGAGAUCGCAACUCUGGAAACGCCGGCUACUGCUUCGUGGAGUUCCCUACCGCUGAUGCUGCUACUAAAGCCUUGGCUCUGAACGGCACUCCUGUCCCGAACUCCGGCCGCGUCUUUAAGCUCAACUGGGCUUCUGGUGGUGGUCUCGUCGACCGUCGUGACGAUCGCGGCCCCGAGUUUUCCAUCUUCGUCGGUGACUUGGGCCCUGAGGUCAACGAGUUUGUUCUCGUGUCCCUCUUCCAGGCUCGAUUCCCUUCCUGCAAGUCUGCCAAGAUAAUGACAGAUGCAGUCACGGGUCAGUCGCGAGGCUACGGCUUCGUUCGCUUCGCCGAGGAAGGCGAUCAGCAACGCGCCCUUGUCGAGAUGCAGGGCGUGUACUGUGGUAAUCGCCCGAUGCGGAUCUCCACCGCGACUCCAAAAACUAGGAGCCACCAGUAUGGUCAAGGAAACCAUGGCGGCCCUGGAAUGAUGCAGCAGCCGCCGAUGCAACAAGGAGGCAUGAACUGGGGCAUGCAGCCCUACUAUCAGCAAAACUUCAACCCGAUGCAGCCUAUGAACCAGUUCACUGACCCUAAUAACACUACUGUGUUCGUCGGCGGCCUCUCUGGUUAUGUUACUGAGGAUGAGCUCCGUUCUUUCUUCCAGGGUUUCGGAGAGAUCACAUACGUGAAGAUUCCUCCCGGCAAAGGCUGCGGCUUCGUUCAAUUCGUGCAUCGCCAUGCUGCGGAGAUGGCUAUUAAUCAAAUGCAGGGCUAUCCUAUCGGAAACAGCCGUGUUCGUCUGUCCUGGGGCCGUUCUCAGAACAACUCUGGCGUUGGUACCCCCUACCGUCCUGCUCCUCCCCCUCCCCACUACAUGGGCGGUGGCAUGCCCCCUCACGGCGGUCCGGGCCCCUAUGGUCCUCACCACUUCGGUGGUAACCCUCCCCAGGGUCCUCCCCCUGGCGGAAUGCAGCAGUAA